UCAAUCACACGUCACACGUUCGCUCGUCACUCGCUCCACGCCUUCGUGUGCCCACCCCGUCGCCCUCGCUCCCCUCCUCGCCGCCCUCGCUUCCCUUCUCCCGUCGCCCUCGCUCCCCUCCCCGCCGCCCUCGCUUCCCCUCCCCGCCGCCCUCGCUUCCCCUCCCCGUCGCCCUCGCUUCCCCUCCCCGUCGCCCUCGCUUCCCCACCCCGUCGCCCUCGCUUCCCCACCCCGUCGCCCUCGCUUCCCCUCCCCGUCGCCCUCGCUUCCCCUCCCCGUCGCCCUCGCUUCCCGUCCCCGUCGCCCUCGCUUCCCGUCUCCGUCGCCCUCGCUUCCCCUCCCCGUCGCCCUCGCUUCCCCUCCCCGUCGCCCUCGCUUCCCCUCCCCGUCACCCUCGCUUCCCCUGCCAUCGCCGUAUCCCUCGCCCUCGCUCCCCCUGCUCGUAACCCUCACCUCCCCAUCCAUCUAAGGAUGGUCGAAUCUGCUGGACUAUUCGCGGAUUACCUCGCGUCGCUGCCGGCCGCGCAGCUCGACCGCCUAUACUCCUCCCUCUACACGUGCCAAGCCACUCUCCCAGCAGCGGAGGUCCCUUCUUCCGCAUCUCUUCCCCAGGACCUUGGUCCCUUUGUUCCCCCACCCACGCAUUUCUCUUCUCCCCACUCGUCCCCGCACUCGCUCCUCUGUUGGUUUCCCCACCCACGCUUUCCGAUGCGCCACUGCAACCCCACCACUCUCCCCGCACCCCAUUCUCACCGCACCACACCCCCUUCUUUUCCCCCUCGCAUGCUGCUCGCUUCUCUCGCCAACCCUCUGUCCCCGCUCCCCCUUCCGCAGCUCUCCCUCUCCUGCCGCGCUUACGCCUCACUUACCUCUCCCUCAUUCAUCCCAUUCCCUUCCUUCCUCCCCCAACCUCGCAUCCAUGUCACUCCCUCCUCUGGUCCAGCAGGGAGUGUUGUGUCUGCCCCUCCGCAUCGAUUUCUACCCCAAUGCACUUCCAACAACCCCCAGCACCCCCACACACACCUCCCUCCCUUUCUCCCCUCCUCCCCCUUCCUUCACCUCGUCUUUUCCGCCCCCACCUCCGUCCGCCCCCCCUCUCAUCACAGGUCCCCCCCUCUCAUCACAGGUCCCUGCCCUUUCCAACCAGCCAAAGCAGUACAUGCUGUGCUGCCUCUGCUCGUCCUCCCACCCCGUGCCUGCUGGAACCCCCCUCCUUUCACACUAACCCCACCUUGGCCUCACACUCACCCCUCAUCCCCCCCAGGUCCCUGCCCGCACCAGCCAAGCAAUACGUCCCUCCCUCCACUGGCCAAGCAGUACGUGCUGCGACUGCUCUUUCUCACCGACCCUGUGCCUGCCGCGCUCGUGGCUGAUUGGCCCAAGCCCGAGGCACACAGCAAGCACAAGGCGGCCCUUGACAGGCUGCAGCAGCUGCGCCUGCUGCUGGCAUGCAGCGAAACAGGGUCGCUGGCAGCAGCAGCAUCGUCGGCACCAGCAGCGUUCCGCCUGAACCCCACCUUCCAGCAGCAGCUGCAGCAGGCGCUCACAUCAGGAGCGCCUGUAUCUCGACCCAGCGUGCCGGCCUCUGUGGCCACCCGCCUGCCGUCUGCUGCUGAGCUGGCAGCCCAUGCCACGAGCCACUGGGAGGCAGUCCUCAUGCAUCUCAUAUCGCCGCCAUCCAUAGCUGGGGGUCACGGCGCUGCUGUCAUCACACGAGUGCUCGUACGAGCGGGCCUGCUCACCCACUCGGGGUGCUCUCUCUCAGUCGUAUCAACCUCCGCCUUCCCCUUCCUUCUCAAGGACCGGAACGAGCAGCUGUGGGCAAUAGUCUCGAGCUACAUUGAGUCGGCCCAGGACAGGGGGCAUGACAGUGGGGAUGUGAUCGCAUUUCUCCUGGAGCUCGGAUUCCACAACAUUGGAACGCCAUACAGCAUGGCAACGCUGACGGGCAUGCAGCAGGAGGUGGUGGAGGAAAUAGCCCAGCUGGGCUUCGUGCUCACGCAGAAGGGCUUCAUAGUGGUGGAGACCAACUUCAGAGUCUAUGCGUACACGCAGUCCAAGCUGCAGGCGGAGAUUCUAUCACUCUUUAUGAGGCUGGAGUACCGCCUGCCCAACCUAGUGGUGGGGAUCAUGAACCGAGAGACCGUCAACAACGCACUUGCUCUCGGCAUUGUUGCAGAGCAGAUAGUGCAGUACAUGCGGAAGAACGCCCAUCCCCUGGUGGCCACGAAGCCCCCUGUGGUGCCCGAGACAGUGGUGGACCAGAUCCGUCUGUGGGAGUUUGAUCGCAACAGAGUGGCCACCACUGCUGCCGUGCUCUACGACGACUUCCCCACCCAGGAAGUGUUUGAAGCCAUCGUUAAGCAUGCGCAGCAGAUUGGUGCGUUGCUGUGGAAAGACAGCAAGAAGAGAAAGUUUGUUGUUCGUGCCGAUGCACACGAUAGCGUGCGGACGUUUAUUCGCCACCUCGGCAGCAAGAAGAAACGGCGCAUCAUCAUGGCCUCGGCCACGCCCAACCCGCUCCUCACGCCGUUCACUCUCCCGGACGGCACGGAGCUCUCAAUGCGCAUCGUCUACGCGCCGCUCACGCGCGAUCGUGCCGUCGGGACCAUCCCGCAGCCGAACGCCGCGACUUACUACUCGCAGCGCGCGCACAAGGGCGGGCUUAUGCUCACCGAAGGCACGUGUAUUUCGCCCGAGGCGCACGGGUACCCCGACACCCCGGGGAUCUACACGGAAGCGCAGAUCGCGGCGUGGAAGCCGGUGAUCAAGGCGGUGCACGACAAGGGCGCGCGGUUCUACUGCCAGCUGUGGCACGUCGGCCGCGCGUCGCACCAAGAGUACCAGCCUGAUGGCGCCGCGCCGAUGGCUCCGUCCGCCAUUCCUAUCAUUAGCGAGGAGAUCAAAGUGUACAUCAGCACUGGCCCAGCCGACUAUCCCACGCCCAGGGCCAUGACCGCGGAAGAGAUCAAGAAGGUGGUGGAGCAGUUCCGAGUGGCGGCGCGUAACGCGAUCGACGCGGGGUUCGACGGCGUGGAGGUACACGGCGCGAAUGGGUACCUGCUGGAGCAAUUCAUCAAGGACGGCAUCAACAAGCGCGAGGACGAGUUUGGCGGCUCCCUGGAGAACAGGCUUCGCUUCCCCCUGCAGGUGAUCAAGGCAGUGGCGGACGAGGUGGGCGCCAGCAAGGUGGGCGUGCGGCUGUCGCCGUACAGCUCCUUCCUGGAUGCUUCCGACUCGGACCCCGUGGGCACGUAUCUGGGGCUGGUGGAGGCCGUCAACAGCCUGGGCCUGGCGUACGUGCACUUCAUUGAGGCGCGCGCGCAGGGGAAUGCUGACUUGGAAGAUGCAAAGGAG